AUGGACGAAGCUCAAAAGCCUUUUCGUCCAGCGCGCUCACAGCGACGUACACGUCAGCAGACAGAAGCUCCGACAAGCAGUUCAACUAGGCUUGACAAUGUUGACGAUGGAACAUCUGGGGAGAUAAACGAGCUACUUAAGCAUGUUAGAAAUGAAUGGGCUUAUGUAAUGGAGCCAGAUUUCAAUCCAGUCACUCUCGCUUUGAAUUUGUUGGAUGAUUCUCAAUCUAGCGCAUUGCACUCGUUUUUGGAUACAAAACACAAUUUGGAAGAGGCUUUGCAAUCAAUUUUGAACUCACAUAGCCACGCUUUUGAUGCUACUAGAGCUGCUCAUGAUCAAUUCAACAAUUCGCUUCAAUCCACUUCUACAGACAUCCACGACUCUCGUUACGCUCUCAAGGAUGCACGAGACGGCCUUGAUAUCCGCAGGCACGAUCUACGCUUCCUGUGGUCUAAAGGAGAUAGUCUCAAAGAGGCAAUGCACACCCUUGACUUGAUUGAAGCUGUGCGCUCCGUUCCAGACAUGCUCGAAUCACUAAUCACAGAUAAGUGCUGGAUCGAAGCCGUGGUUUUGCUCAACAAAUCUCUCACCAUUGUCAACUUGCCCAGUCUCACCGACGUUGGUGCUAUCGUCGAUCUGAGACUCUUCCUCCUCUCCCAAGACAACGCGUUGCGGGAGUUGCUGAUUGAAGAGCUGCAUAACCACGUAUACCUCAAAACAUACCACACAGACAACCUCUGGAGAGCCUACAAGCCGGAGCUAAACCUUGAAAGCCAUGAUGACGACCAAGAGCGGAGCUUCAGUAACUAUCUCUCCAACUUUUCCAAGUGCACGCUGAGGGACUGGCGGAGAAUGGCCGAUACCGAUACACCCACUCCCACAAAACACACUAUACCAUCACCCAAUCCCAACAAUGUAAACACACCAUCGUCACCAGCUGUUGAUCUAUCAGUGAGCGUCGACAACCCCAUACCGACAGCGGCUGAAAGCGACAGCUAUGUCUAUAUACAGACAAUCCUCGAGGCUCUACACGUACUGCAGCGCGUCCCCGAUGUGCUCGACCUCAUUCCCGCGCGUCUCCCGCUCGAGAUCCAAGCUGUGAUCAGCGACACCGUUGACGAGGUGAGCCAUCGGAGUGAACGUUUACGCGCCCAUACACACACGCACUCGCAUACUCCAUCCACCCAGUCAGCUGUAACUGCCGGCAUUAUUUCGUCUCUCUUCCGCACCAGCGAUACGGAAAACGCGCACAAAGCACGUGAACUCGACUUGGGUGCUCAUAUACUACGCGACCUUCUGCACACCCUUUUCUCAAAACUUGAAGCUGUUUUGCGGGGAUUGCGGGUGGUUGGUGUGGUUGCGCAUCGUCUGCAUGGGGCGACGCUAUCGCUUGAGGAGAUAUGGAUGCUGGUGCAGCGUGAGGCUGCGACGCUUAUAGAGAGCUACCUCAUAACAGACGACGAUGUUGACAAUGCUAGCGGUGGUGGUGGUGUUAAUAGUAGUAGUAGUGGUGGUAGUGGUGCCACUAGCCUCGUCGCGUCUAUCAAUGACGUCCUUCGACACAGCGGAGUGGCUCGAGAUAGAUCCAAAUUCCUUUUCCGUUUCGCUGAAACAGACGGGAAGGCAAUGGCUCGCAGUCUUAAGAGCCACGAGGAGGCUCUGUCAAAUGUACUCGCUUCUACUAUGCCAGGACUGGUCGGGUCGGGGUCGCUCUACACUAAUCUCAUCGACACAAACGCCGCGAUGAGAAGCGAGUUCGAUAGGAGCUACACUCGCCUCACGAAAUCCGAUGCUUUCAAUAUACCAAUCCUCUUUCAGCCAGCGUGUGCAUUUGUAGAACGUGCGGUGCAUAUACUUGGGCUGCACAACGACAACAAUGGCAGUACUCACACUGAUAAUGCACACGUUCACACUCACACUCACACUCACCCUAAUCACUCGGACCUGCGCAGUUUGCUCGACACAUUUAUUGACAAGGUGUUCCUCCCGCAGCUGCAGGACAAAGUGAUGGAGUUAUUCCAGGGUGCGGUUGCGAGUACGGAUGCCUUCGCCGAAGAGACGGACCGGAUUGGUGACUCGCCUAAGCCCGUAGUGAAGUCAGUGUUCGGGCUACUAGACCUAAUCAGCCAUCUCUCCGAAAUGCUCCGCUCGACACCGUUCCACCGCGAGGCAUAUAGCCGGCUGAUUAUCACGGUCAUUAUCCAGUACUACCAGCGCUGCAGUGAGCGCUUCAUGGAUCUGGUAGGCCGGGAGCGCGACAACAGCAGCAACAACAGCGCAGAACGCCCUCACGAUCCCAAACUCAGUGCUAGGUGGGCACAGCGGGCUGAAUUGACAGCCUGUCUUACUGAGUUGCUCGCCACUUCGGAUAGUGAUACAUCAAGGAAGAAUGAUCUAUGCGCCCAGGAGAGUCGAGUAGAGAUGGGAAUCAACGAUGCGAAUCGAGUGCAGUAUGACGAUAUGAUGAAUUCCAAGAAGAAACUCGCAGGACUGGGCCACCUUUUCAGCAGUCUCAAGUGGUUCAUCGUCAAAUUGUCAGCACUUAAAGUCGCUUCGGAGCAGUUGCUCCCGGAUGAAGAUUACACUAUGGCAGAACGCGCUCCACAUAGCUCUACUGAUAAAGCCGAUCUCCCGCUCACGAGAGAUAUGAUCCUGCGGUUCGAGGCUCUUCUUCAAACAUACCAUCAGCUGAUCGAUAUGAUUCUCUUUACUAUGCGUUUAGAGGUGCGCGUCAUGGUGGUUUACUACUUCGAUGCUGGUCUGCGUAAUGAUGGAGAGCACAGAAAUGAACACGAACAUGAACAUACAAACAGACCUGACGAAUAUAUACUGCAAAUUAAUAAACAACUCGUUAAAGUUGACGAUGUGGCUUCUAAAACUCUCACUGAAUCAGAAAAACGAUUCUUGUUCGAUGGGGUGGGCAUGUUAAUGGAUAAAAUGCUCAUGUCUAUCACGCGCUCUAUACGUUACAUCGAUCGUCAUGGCGCGGCGAGAAUGAUACGGAAUAUAGGCAGUCUGCAGCAAAAUCUCAAAACUAUCAUCACAUGGCCUGUUGGAAUUGACUUUGGGGCAUCGAGGAAGUUCUGGGAAAUGUUUAUGAUAUCGCCGAGUGAGUGGUUGGGAGAAAUCAGACGCUCGGGUAAGAUGGACUUUAGCUUUGAUGAGUAUGAGAGUCUUUUGAAAUUGCAGUGCGGCGAAGAAAAUGGCGACGGAGUAGAACUUGAUAAUAAAAAUGACAGGAGUAGGAGGGAGUAUAAUGACUAUCACAUAGAGUUACAUCAGCUGAUGAUGGAUGAUGACAUGUAA